AUGACAACCACGUCUUCUUCCUCGGCAGCUAUUCCGUUAACGACCGAAUUUGCACCCCCAGCCUCGUGUUCCAGUCUUAGCUGGGUUUCUUCCGAUUGCAUGAAAAGCACUUGCGAUGGCGUCUACAACAUAGUACGAACACCCGACACAGACUGCUUUCCCUCGGGAUGGGCUACCACGCAGACCUGGUUCUCACCGGGUUAUUAUUGCCCGACUGGAUAUACCGUGGACAAAACUGAUAUCGUCACGAGUGGGUUGGGUAUCACUGAGACCCAAGCGAAAUGCUGUCCUGAAGGAUUUGCAAUUGCGACCAAGUCCCCCCUUGUUUGGUAUACAGCUGAGCCUUGCACCGCGAUAAGCAGCGGGGCUACAACCAUUACUUACACUGUGCUCGGCGCGACACCAACUACUACAACCGCAAUCACCUACAGAAAUCCUAUUGUGCAUGCGUAUCCUAUUGAGCUCAGGUGGCAAUCCACCGACCACCCUGACCCGGCUAUAACCAGUUCCGUGACGGAAACUUCACCUGCCAGCUCCGCGACCUCAACAACCUCCACAACCUCCACGGCCGCCGCAGACAACACAUCAGGCCUAUCACCCGGGGCAAAAGCAGGUAUUGGAGCUGGCGUCGCUGUUGCCGCUAUCAGCGUGAUUGCUCUCGCACUUCUCUUCUGGUUUCGACAGAAGAGGAGCCGGAAAAGCUCUGCGCAGGCCCCCGACGGAUCUGUUCGUGAUGGACCGGCAUUCAAAAAAACAGUUCCAUCAGAGCCCGUGGAGCUACCUACACACUCGGACCCAUGGACACCUGAACUGCACGGAGACUUUUCACCAAUGUCUGAGCUUGGUAGCGAUCGUGUGUGUAGUGAGCGUGGGUAUAGUGCGCGCACACAUAGCGAGCGUGCGCACAGCGAGUACGGGCAAAUUUGA